AUUCAAACAACAUUAAGGAGAUUACUUCUCAUUCUUUAUAUAGGAAUGAAGAUAAAACGACACUAGUUUAAAGAAUUGCAUGCUUUCUUCAGAUUUUUCUACAGGACCUAGAAAGUGCUGAAAUAGCGAACUAUUGUUGCUUCAAGAGUCGGGAGUAAUCACGAAGUCGGUGCAAAAUGGCUGGAGAUUCAGAGACAUGUAAGGCAAUGAAGGCUACAUCAAAUGGGGUGUUUCAGGGUGAUAAUCCUCUUGAUUAUGCACUUCCUCUUGCCAUUCUUCAAAUAUGCCUUGUGGUUACGCUCACACGCAUUCUCGCUGUAAUUCUAAGGCCUCUUCGACAACCUCGUGUCAUUGCAGAGAUUGUUGGAGGAAUAUUGCUUGGCCCUUCAGCUUUGGGUAGGAACAAGGUGUAUAUGAAUGCAAUUUUUCCUGCCAGGAGUCAAACUGUGUUGGAUACGUUAGCGAACCUUGGCCUCCUCUUCUUUCUGUUCCUUGUAGGCCUAGAAUUAGAUCCAAAGUCCCUUCGCCGGACUGGUAAAAAAGCUCUUAGCAUAGCCCUGGGAGGCAUUAGUCUACCUUUUGCAUUGGGAAUAGGAACCUCUUUUGCCCUCCGUGCGUCCAUUUCUAAGGGUGUAAAUGGACCUGCAUUUCUUAUAUUCAUGGGGGUGGCCUUUUCUAUUACUGCAUUUCCAGUCCUGGCCCGUAUUUUAGCUGAACUCAAGCUUUUAACUACUGAUGUUGGGCGUAUGGCCAUGUCAGCUGCGGCUGUUAAUGACGUAGCCGCCUGGAUUUUACUUGCUCUUGCCAUUGCUCUCUCAGGAACUGGGCGUUCUCCCCUUGUAUCGUUAUGGGUUCUAUUGUGCGGGUGUGCUUUUGUCUUAAUUUGCACAUUCAUGGUCCCUCCAAUCUUUAGAUGGAUCCAGAAGCGAUGCCCCGAGGGAGAGCCUGUGGAUGAAUUGUAUGUUUGUGCUACCCUGUCUAUUGUUUUGCUAGCGGGAUUUGUUACUGAUGCCAUUGGAAUACAUGCUCUCUUUGGGGCAUUUAUAAUUGGAGUUUUGGUCCCAAAGGAAGGGGCAUUUGUUGGUGCUCUGGUAGAAAAAGUUGAGGAUCUUGUAUCCGGUCUUUUCCUUCCAUUGUACUUUGUAUCAAGCGGAUUGAAGACUGAUAUAGCCACAAUUCAUGGACUUCAGUCUUGGGGGUUCCUUGUUUUGGUUAUAGUUACAGCAUGUUUCGGAAAGAUUAUUGGCACUGUAGUAGUAUCCAUCUUAUGCAAAGUGCCUGUGCGGGAGGCUCUUGCCCUAGGCUUCCUAAUGAAUACUAAAGGCUUGGUGGAACUCAUUGUUCUCAACAUUGGUAAAGACAGAAAGGUAUUGAAUGAUCAAACAUUUGCAAUCAUGGUUCUGAUGGCUGUCUUCACAACAUUUAUAACAACACCUUUAGUCAUGGCGGUAUAUAAGCCAGAAAAAAGAACAAUCAAUGCCCUCUACCAGCACAAAACAGUAAAGAGAAAAGAUCCAGAUGUUCAGUUUAGGAUUAUGGCCUGUUUCUAUGCUUCAAGAAACAUACCCUCAAUGAUUAAUCUGAUUGAGGCUUCACGUGGGACUGAAAAGAAAGGAGGCCUCUGUGUUUACGCACUGCACCUCAUGGAACUCUCGGAAAGGCCAUCGGCAAUACUUAUGGUCCACAAGGCAAGAAAGAACGGAAUACCCUUUUGGAACAAAGGAAAAAACUCAGAUACUGAACAAGUUGUUGUUGCUUUCGAGGCUUUUAGACAACUAAGCCGUGUCUCUAUCCGUCCAAUGACAGCAAUCUCACAGAUGCAUGAUAUACACGAAGACAUUAUCGGAAGUGCUGAAAGGAAACGAGCAUCAAUAAUAAUUCUCCCAUUUCAUAAACACCAGAGGCUCGAUGGGUCCCUGGAGACUACUCGAACCGAAUUUCGUUGGGUCAAUAAGAAGGUUCUUGAGAGUGCUCCAUGCUCAGUGGGGAUUUUGGUUGACCGGGGGCUUGGUGGUAACACACAUGUUUCAGCAAGCAAUGUUUCUUCCGUUAUGACGGUCUUGUUUUUCGGAGGAAACGAUGAUCAGGAAGCCCUUGCUUAUGGUGCACGCAUGGCUGAGCACCCAGGCAUUAGUCUAUCUAUCAUUCGUUUCCUUCCAAGCCCCGAUAUUUCCGGGGAGAUUGAAACGCAAGACGAGUCCCAUGUUUCGGAAGAUGAGAGCUUUCUUGCUGAAGUUAAACAAAAAUUUGCAACUAUAGACUCAUUUACUUAUGUCGAAAGAGAAGUGAGAAACACUGCAGAAACUGUUGCCGUAGUUCAUGAGUUCAAUAAAUGCCACAUGUUUUUAGUGGGUCGAACGCCUGGGGGCCGGGCAGCAGCAGCGUUGAAUAUGAAGAGUGAUUGCUCAGAACUUGGGCCGGUUGGGAGCAUGCUGAUAGCUCCAGAUUUCUCAACUUCGGCUUCAGUGUUGGUAGUACAGCAAUACACUGGCCAUGGUCGAGUUGUUUCUGUAUCAGGAUCUAUAACACAGGUAGCAGAGAUGCCAAAGGAAGAUAUAGAAUCUGGCUGAUUACAAGCACUUUGGUAUCAAUAACUGAAGUGGAUGGUUAAAUUUCUGAAUUGGUUUACUUACACAAGCUUCUGCCAGUAAUUAAAGUGUUGUAGUUAGGUUCAGGUUAUCUCAAGAACAGCAAUCAUGUGUUGUUACCAUGGUACUAGGUUCAAAAAUCAAACCCAACCCAGAAGGGAAUUGUAUAUAAUCAAUUUCUUUUGGUCUAAUUUUGAUUAUUUUGUUCUUAA